AUGGAUAAUCGUAUUCCGAAUAAUAUGUAUGAUAGAAUUAUGGUUCCUCCAGGAAUGCAUUCAACACGAGAGAUUGAUGCAUCCGAUUUACAUAGAAUAAAUCCAUUUCAACCAAAUAAUAAUUCAUUUUUAUAUCAAGAGAUUCUCAAUUCAAAUACAUCAACAUCAUCAUCAUCGUCCUCAUUAAUAACCGGUUUAUCCAGACCAACAUUAGAGAAUAAUAUAUUAGAUUCUAUGAAUUCGUCUAAAACAUUAUAUGAUAAUAAUUCGUUCAAUCAUAAACCUACAUUAAAUCAAUAUUUAGAACAAUCAACAAAUUUAUUACCAUUUAUGUAUCCUAAUACAUCUACUGAUAAUAUGAUGUAUCAUUAUAAUACACAUCAAGAAUGUCUAUCCUCACCAAAAUAUCAUUUUAAUCAUUCCGAUAUGAUUAAUUCAUCUUUUACAUCAUCCACAUUAUCGCCAUCCUCAUCUUCGACAUCAAUAUCACCAUCAUUAGCAUCUAAAAGAUUUCGAAAUAAUUUAACACGUUCAACACCAAAUUGGACUUGUCUAUGCUCACAUCAAUUAGAUGAAAUGAAUGAAUAUAGAAAAAUACCAAUGAAAUUGAAUGUUAUGAAACAUUACACUAAUGAAAGUAAUAAUCUUAGACAGAAUGAAAUCAAUUUGAAACGAAUUCAUCGAACACAUGAACAUCAUAUAAGAUCAAAUGAUAAUAAUUUAAUAAAUUUAUCAGCAUCAUCAUUAUCAUCAUCAUCGUCAACAUCAUCUCCAUCAUCAACCUCAUUUGAGUGUGCUAGAAGUUUUAUUCGACUGCGUAAUGCACGUGAACGUGAACGUGUUCGUUGUGUGAAUGCUGGUUAUGAAUCAUUAAGACGUCAUUUACCAUUAACAAUAUUACCUGAUAGAAGAUUAGCUAAAGUUGAAAUAUUACGUGGUGCAAUUCAUUAUAUUAAUACAUUGAAAGAAUUACUUGAAAAAUAA